GGUACUUUUCAGUACCACUCGUGUACGUCUCGCUCCUCAGUCUCUAGUCGGUUCAGUUCGUGCGUGUGUCUUGGUACUAUAACGUCUAUUAGGUACAUGGUUUGGCUUUUUUCAGCUUUUGGUAGCACCUACCUGUCUAAUGAAUUUAUAGAGGGUGAAUUCUUGUAGUGAAUAGUACUUUGCACCGUCCCGUUUUCGGAAGCAUCGGGCUAAACUCUAUUCACGCGUUUAUACAGAACUGAUUGAGGGUGGUUUUUUUUAAUGUCUAUUAACAUUUUCUCAAUGUUUGUUAUUUUUGUUGUGACUUGAAAUGUGAAUGGACUCAUUAGAAGAGAAUGUGCAGGAUUUAAUUUCAUAUACUUUAUUUUAUUUUGUUUGAAAUGCCUGAAACGUCAACACCAUCCACGUCUGAUGGGUCCCUUGCCCUCUCUAGACGUCCAUUUCCCUUGUCAUCUUCUAGCGGAUCUGGCCGACCUUCAUCGGCAUCCAGAUACGAUAGAAAUGGACAAAUGUCUUAUCAUCACCAAGUUCCUUUGGCUCCUACCAUGGGCCAUCACAGAGAAACGUCCGCUUUUGUACCAGUGGUUCCUUCUAGGAAUAUGCAGCAUCCUCUUCUAUAUGGUGGAGAGAUGCAUCCGCUUAUUGGGCUGGAAAACAGCGACGGCGGCAAAGGGGCAGAAGGUUCAUCCGGGCUACGUAAAUCUUCUUCCUCCUUUGACCUGAUGGCCAUGAUGGCCGAUAAGCGCAAAGAGCUACAUUUGCGAGAAGAAGCAGCAUGCGUGGCUGCAGCUCACGCCGCCGCCAUGAUGCUGCCUCAUAGGUCUGGGCAUCAUGCUAGUUUAAUGGACACCUCUAAUGGACAGCAAACUCAUGGUUACUCAGGCUUUCUGCCAGCCAGUCCUGCCAAUGCAGGUUCUUUUGCGUUCCCAGGAGGCAGUACGAUGUUUCCACCAGGACCUCCUCAAAUUCACGCUCACUUGGAUAGAAGAUUACUGCGAGCUCCAGGCCGCGCUUCUAGACCGAAGAAGCAAUUUAUAUGCAAGUUUUGCAAUAGACAAUUUACCAAGAGCUACAACUUGUUGAUCCACGAAAGGACUCACACAGAUGAGCGGCCUUAUAGCUGUGAUAUUUGCGGAAAAGCUUUCAGAAGACAAGAUCACUUAAGAGACCAUCGAUACAUUCACUCAAAGGAGAAACCAUUCAAAUGCAACGAAUGUGGAAAAGGAUUCUGCCAAUCCAGGACGCUGGCAGUGCACAAAGUCCUCCACAUGGAUCAAUCUCCUCACAAAUGCCAAGUGUGUUCCAGAUCAUUCAAUCAAAGAUCAAACCUAAAAACACAUCUAUUGACGCAUACCGAUCACAAACCAUACGAAUGUAACAGUUGUGGAAAAGUCUUUCGACGGAACUGCGAUCUGAGACGUCAUGCUUUAACACAUGCCGUAGGAGAUGUUAUUCCUGAGGAACUAGAAGGUCCUUUGGAUGGGGAACGAGAGAAAAUGUCACCCAGACCUAGGUCGCCUUCACAAGAAUCCAGGGAUGGUUCUAUAAGAGUGUGUUCGCCAACACCAGAACGAACCCAUUGCCAUGAGCCCAGAUCCAGUGACUCACCGUACACGAUGAGGCCUUCAAUGGACAAAAUGGAUUAUUCACAUGAUAUGGACGAUGAAGAUGAUGAUGAUGAUGACGAUCCCGAAAUAGAUCCAGGACAAGAGGACUGCCCGGAAAUUAGCCACGAGUUGGAGCAGAAUAUGUCAAUUAGAUCUCCUCCUCCACCAAUGCCACAGCUUCAAAUUCGCAGAGAUCUUCUAGCCAAACCUAGUACUAUAACAAGUAAAGCCAUUGAAUCAGCUUCAAUUCAAUCGCCUUUUUCUGGUAUAAGAAAGCGGGCUUACGACCAAGAUAGGCCAAGUUGCUCUUCAAGUUUUAUGGGUUCACCCAGACCUCCAGUGGGCUCUCCAAGGCCUCCAAUGAGCUCACCGAGACCCAGAACGCCCGCAAGCUAUAGCCAUUCUAGACCUCUGAGUCCUCCAAUGAAACUGCGCAUGGGAGUCGUUGGUAUGGGUGGUAUGAAUCAUCCUGCCUACCCUCAGAAUCUGAGCAUGCCCCAUAUCAUAAACAUGCAGGUUUCAUCUUCUAGUGGGAUUUUGAAACCUCCUGAUGGAGUUUCAAGUUACACGAAUAUAUCGCCUGCUAUGCCAAUUAUGUGUAUGCCAGGUCUGUCAAAAGCUACUCAUUCUGCAGGGCAAGUUUCUCCUAAUAGCACACCGAGUGAUUUGAGUAUGAAGAAAGUUGAAAGUGAGAAUAAUGCUGUAGCUCCUCCGGUUGUUGCCCCCGCUGUUCAAAGGCCACCACCUCCAAAGAAAACUGGAUUUACAAUAGCAGAUAUUAUGAGUAGAUAGAGGUUGAGAAAACCGUUUGAAGUUUUUUGCAUAUUGAUGCACUUAUUUAAGUGAAAAUAACAAUAAAGUUCUCGUAGUAAGUCUUCUUUUUUGGCAAUAUUCAUUAUUUUGUACCAGAAUAGAAUACAUUUACGUUCCUUUUUAAUCACGAUUUAAACAAUUAGUUCAAUUAUCAUAGAUUGUAGAUUUUUUUAUACAAAGGGACCAUUAGGUACUCGCAAUGUUAUUGUACAUAUUUUUUGCUCAUAGGUUGAACAUAUGUAAAUUACAUGUUUUCAGAGCCGAUGUCUGAUUUCAGGCAGUGCUUUUGUGUUGUGUUAUUGCUCGCUUUAAUUUAUGAAUAAACUGCUAUAAUCACCUGUACGUUUAGUUAUAUUGGAUAUUUGAUUAGAAGUUUGUAUAAGGUCAGAUCUGUAAAUUUAUGUUAUGUGGAAUAAGAUUUUGUAUAGAGAAUUUGUAUGUAGUAUUUUUUAAGAUUAGGUAUAAUAUUAUGUUCGACACUUAAAUAGAUUAUUGUAACCUAAGUUAGAGUAAUGAAAUAAACGCAAUAUAAUUUUAAAAGAUCUCUUUGCAUUGUUGACAAGAAAUUAUAUUCAGAUUUUCGGUUCAAUAUUACUAUAGCUCCGUCGUUUCGGUAAAAUAAGAGUAAAGAAACUACUUGGAACAUGUAAUACACAGUGGUGAAAUAAAAGAAUUAAUUAGA